AUGAGCAUCUAUCUGGCUCGCAUCCGCGAACGAGAUGAUGGAACCCUGUACGUUGAGCGGAAGCAGGCGUCUACAACCGAAGAAUUUUAUGUCGCCAUUUCUCACGUUUGGGGAGACCCGUCUACCAUUCAAACACAUAAUAUCUCUGGAAUAGGACCAGUCCAACUAAGUCCCGGAAAGACAGACAUUCUGAACAUACUAAAAAGGCCAGACAUCUGUGGCCAUGACUGGUUCUGGAUGGACCUGUUUUGCAUUGACCAAAGGGCUGAGUCUCCAAUUAGUAUCUCUUCUCAACUCAUGGCAAUUCCGAUAAUUUAUAAAUCGAGUCGCGUUGUCAUCGUGCUUAUAGAGUCACCUGUCUGCCAACAAUGGGCAAGCAGUGCAGAGCAAGCCGCUCACGAAGGCCUUGUUGACAACCAAGUUUUCAAAAUUGAGGAAGCCAGUCACGCGAGGAAAUGUGCCAAUCUUUCGCUAAUGGAUCCCUGGUUUGAUCGCUUAUGGACCCGACAGGAAGGUCUUUAUGCUAUGAAUCUGAAGAUGAUCUUUCUCAAUAAAACAGUCUGCGCUCGUCUAACGACUGUCCUGCCUCCUUUGGAGCGUUAUAAAAUGGAAAGAAAGGCCAUUGCCAAACGAGAAGCCGCAUUAAGCUUCAUCUAUGAUAAGCUGGCAUAUCAUGGAAUCUUCUCAGACAAAGGGGAUGCAAGCAUGAAUGCUUAUCUUGACCUCCUAUACAAGAGGCAAUUUAGCGUUUCGCAGUAUGGUGGCAAAAUCGGCCCCGUGGGCAAUUACAUGCCGAUUAUGGAGGCGUGGAGAAGUGGACGAAUGACGGCAAAGCCACGGGAUUAUGUCCUCGCUGUUUUCCCAGAUAUAGAAGGAUACCGAGCGCCGCAAAAUCCCCGACGCUUGUCUUUCAGCCAGCUACUGGAGGAUGCUUGUGAGCAAUUCGGAGGCGAUACGAGCAAUGGAUUCAAACUCUUGCCCAAAAUUCCCAAGAGUUUGGUGACUACAAUGCCCAGCGAUUCUGAACAACCUUGGGCUUUGGAUAAUCCGACGGAUGUAACCGAGGCUCUCGAUCCCAUAUUGAUGAUGACGAAUGAAUUCCUGGUAGAGAGGCAAACAACAUUCAGCGGCCUUGAUUUUGGCGCGGAAGGAAAUGCAGAUAGCAAACCUAGUGUUCAAAUUUGUCCCAUGAAUAUCCGAAACGAAGAGGAGCUGGAAAAACUGAUUACGAUUUGCGAAAGAAAUACAAAUCUUGUCCUGCAUGUCAGCUUAUCACCGCCGUCGGGUCCUUUCUUAGGAUCUGACCGGCAACUCAAUGACGAGCGAAACAUCCUACAUCGGUUUUUAGCAAUACGGUUUGCAGAAUCAGCAUUGAACCAAUACAGGUCUGAUCCGAUCUAUCGUGAUACAGCCAAAGUUAUAGCGCCUAUCGGCAAGCUUGUACGCCAUGGAAAUGUGAACACAGAGAAGCUCCAGCUCGAAGGGAAGGUUUUCCAGCAAGAGCUGAAGAUGUUUCUUAUCUGUCUCAUUUGUGGAACCACAAUAUCUUGUGCAGUCGAGAUAUCAAAGCAUCUCGACUUGGUCAUGUUCACUGUUGUAGGGAUGCAGGCGAUUAAGGAAAUACCGGGCUUAGUGAGCCGAUCAGUCUUGAAAUCAGUUGAUCAAAUCAGCAUAAGCGUAAAGCCUCAUGCAUUUGAAUCUUUCUUAGGCUACUUAUUCUUUAUGGUAGGAGGGGCAGGGAACCAUGAAGUUCUUGUUGGCAAAAGCAUGCUUCCAAAGGAGUGCAUAGUAUAA